AUCAGCUGUUGCCGCUAUUUUGAGUAAACGUGACCACGAGUCGACGUUGUUUGUGCUAACAGACGUUUAUUAUUAUGGCGAGAAAACGGAAAAUACCAGUGCGUAAGCAUCAUGGCAUACGCGAUCCACUUAAGCAAAUCGAACAGAAGGAGAAAAAGCUGGCCAAUGUGACAAAUAAUCCACCGACGCAAAACGAAGAACAGCGCGCCUCGCACAAUUUCAAACAGUUCAAGAGAAUCGCCGAUGCCGCCAAAGCGGGCAAAAAGAUUAAAAUUGGUAGUAUAGGUAAAGAGGACAAGCCCAAAGCGCCAAAAACAAAAAAGACCCAACCAGCUGCAGCGGGUGGACAAAAAUCGACCAAGAUCAAACAGUUUGAUAACGAGACAAAUGAUGAGUACCUGCGACGAGUUAAUCGUAUAACUAGCGCUUCCGUCAGAGAGGCGCAAUAUGAGGCCAAAUAUGGGGUCAGUGUUAUACGGAAUCCGACAACGGGCGAAAUAACUGUGCAGAAGCGCCCCAAAAAUGAGAUCGAUGAGCUUUUAAAGCAGAAGCAAAAAGAGCGCCAUAAUCUCAAGAAUGGACGUAGAAAACCCAAUAAAGUAGUAAAGCCCGGCAUGGAUGCCAAGACACGCAAAGAGCUUAUAAAGCGCGCCUUCAAGGAAGCCGAAGAAGAGAAAGAGCUAGAGGAUGGCCCACUUCCAGAGUAUAAGCAAGAUGUAUUUAAAUUUGGCGAAAUUGUGCAUGGCCCGCCGUCGCUAAAGACGCUGCCGCGUAAGGCAAGCAAGACUGAGACUGUGCCCCGACCUGGCCGCAAGUCGAAUCUGUUGCUUAAGUCUCUGCUGGAUAAAGAGGCGCCAGCGUCAAUUGCGAGUCCUCAAAAUGCCGCAGCCAGCAAACAGAAAGCCGCAAGUACGCCAACGAAACUUCAACUCAAGGGCAAACGCAAGGAUUUGCCCGCAGCUACGCGCAACAUGCUCGAGGGCGAGCGCACCAAAAUGGUCGAUUUGUACCGUCAGCUGAAAAAGGAACAAAACGAGUCGAGACAGCGGCAACUGUAGUAGUUAGUUAACAUUGUUGUUCAUUGUUCAUUUAAUUUGUAGCAAACAUUCAACUAUUAUAGAAGAUGAAAGAAAGAAAACAACAA